AAUACGCCGAUUAAUCUCAAUCGCCUUUUAAUCAACCUCCACUUUCCGAUUCGAUGUUCUUCCGUCCGCGCUAAUCAAAACACCCAACAAACAAACAAACACAUAUACAAUGCAUUGUUAAAUCCGGACGUGAAAUCAAUUAAUUAAAUCCACUUUCUCUCUCCCUCUCGCGUCCGAUCUCCUUCUCUCUCUCCUCUCUCUCUCUCCUCCAACAAACAAACAACACAUCUCUCUCUCUCUCUCUCUCUCUCUCGCCGUUUCUUCGCCGCGAAUCGACCUCCGAUGACUAUGACGACGGAGGAGAAACCAGCAUCCGACGGCCGAGGCUGGGGUAUCUUCAAAAUCCCGUUUCGAAACUCUCACGGAAACGCCUCUAGUGCCGCCACGUCACCGUUUCCGUCAGGAGCUUCUUCCUCUUCUUCUCAUCUCCAUCACCAUCAUCAUGGCUACAACGGACCUCACGGUGAUGGAUCGGGUCAAAACCAGCACCCGACUCCUUCGCCUUCGGUAUCGUCCGUCGCUAAGUCGCUUCUGCCUGUAAAACGCAGAUUGAAGCUUGAUCCGUCGGAGAAACUCUAUUUCCCUUAUGAGCCUGGGAAGCAAGUGAGGAGCGCUAUUAAGAUUAAAAACACCAGCAAAUCACAUGUAGCGUUUAAGUUUCAAACAACUGAGCCGAAGAGUUGCUUCAUGCGUCCACCAGGUGCUAUUCUUGCUCCUGGAGAGACUAUUAUCGCCACUGUGUUCAAAUUUGUUGAGCCUCCUGAGAAUAACGAAAAGCCAGUGGAUCAAAGGAGCAGGGUUAAGUUUAAAAUCAUGAGCCUGAAGGUUAAAGGUCCAAUGGACUAUGUACCUGAGCUGUUUGAUGAGCAGAAGGAAGAUGUGUCUAAGGAGCAAAUAUUGCGUGUUAUCUUCCUGGAUCCAGAACGUCCCAACCCUGCACUGGAGAAACUGAAGCGUCAGCUAGCUGAAGCGGAUGCAGCAGUGGAGGCAAGAAAGAAACCACCAGAGGAAACAGGUCCAAAGAUGAUUGGAGAAGGACUUGUGAUUGAUGAAUGGUUGUUGUUGUGGUCUCUCCUCUCUGAAAACAAAACACAGAAGGAGCGACGAGAGAGAUAUCUUGCACAGCAACAAGGCGAAGGAGUUGACUCUGUCUAAGAACUAAAAGGUCAUUCUCAAGAAGUAAAACGAGUGUGUGCUUGUGAAGAAAGAAGAAGAGACCAAGAUAUUGAAUUUUCUCUGCUAACUUCAACAUUCAUAAUGCAAUCUAAGGAUCAUGUUGGUAUAAUAGACAAACUUUUUCAUGUAAAAAAAAAAUUGUAAACGUGGUGGGGUUUGAUAAAGAAUUGUUCAUGUUAAGACUUGAAUCAACCCGGUUGAUUUAGUUUUAACCGAAUCUC